CGAACAAAUAAUUGUAUGAGCAGCGUCAAUAUUGCACAUGCAUUCCUAAUUGAAAGAUGGGGAACGUGUGAUACACAUUACAUUUAUUCAAUAAUGUAUUUUUUUGAACGCAUGCCCAACUGAUAGAAUCUCUGCUAGGCUACCUACAUUCGGUAUCACGAAUACACUUUCAGCCUAUAUCUGCAUUGUCGGUAAAUAGGGGCAAGGAAGGUAGCGCAUGGGCAGCCAGUGAGGAAUUAUUCCACAUCGCAUCACAUGCCUUACAUGGCGUCCUUAUAUUUAACGAAACGAUGCAUUUGCUCAAAUUUACUGAAUUGAGAAUAACAGUCAUUUUCGAAUUCUGGUAACCAUCUCAGUUAGGUCGCAUGGGAGGGGGAUUUUAUAUAGCCUCCUUACAUUGCAAGUUCGCGGAAACGUUAUGGGUUUCGGCUCCUAUGAAUCCUGGCCAAUUCCUGCAAAUAUUGCCAUCAGCGCAAAUAUUUAUUUGCAUCCUUAACGUUUUCGGCAUGUAGGACUGUAUGUAUGAGGGAACGACCCGGAAAAGCAAUGGGAAGAUAUGCAUAUUUUAAUACAUGCUUGUCGAGAUGGAGAUGACCUGGGAACUCAACAUCAGACCAAAAUCACUAGAUGACUAAGGACCUUAUUCCAACUGUGUGCAGCAACACCUCAUUCAAACACUACUUCAAACACUACUACUGAGCCAAUGUAGAACCUGCCCCUGCAGAAUUCCAUGACUUUUUUCCUUGCCUGGAUUUCAGCACAAAUUCAAAUCUACCAGGACAGAGUAUGCCAUCUGCACCUUUCCACAGAAUUCUACGACCCCUUCUAGUUGGCACCUUCCUGCUGGGCUGUUUUGUGACUCUGUUUUUGAUGUACUUUAAACCGUCUACUAGCUGGCUAUCAGGUCCCGUAGAGUCAACAGCAUCCACAAUCCGAGUUAAAAACAUCUUCUCCGCCAAGAGUGACAAAAACCUGACUACUGUACUCGUCUGGCUCUGGCCCUUUGGACAGACCUAUGACCUGGGUGUCUGCAGCUCUCUGUUCAACAUUGAAGGCUGUUUCAUCACAGCAGAUCGGAACCUAUAUAAUAAGUCAGAUGGUGUCGUCAUACAUCACAGGGAUAUCUGUACUGAUCUCUCCAACCUGCCCCCCCUUCAGCGUCCCUCCUUCCAAAAGUGGAUAUGGAUGAAUCUAGAGUCACCAUCUCACUCCUCUCAGCUGCCCGGUAUCGAAAACCUGUUCAAUUUAACUCUGAACUAUCGCCAGGAUGCUGAUAUCGAAGUGCCUUAUGGGUCGAUCGUGACGGCCCAAGGGGACGAGGAUUUCGUGCCUCCGAGCAAAAGCAAAUUGAUCUGCUGGAUUGUCAGCAACUGGAACCCGGAUCAUGUGCGAGUGAAGUACUACAACGAGCUAUACAAACACAUUGAGGUUCGCGCUUACGGACAAGCCUUUGGGGAGUACAUUGCGGAUCAAGACUACUUUCCUACUAUUGCCAGUUGUAAAUUCUACUUGGCAUUUGAGAACUCAAUUCACAAAGACUACAUCACAGAGAAACUGUAUAACCCACUCUCUGUAGGGACGGUGCCUGUGGUUUUAGGCCCGCCAAGACAGAACUAUGAGAACUUUGUCCAGGGUGAUGCUUUUAUCCAUGUGGAUGACUUCACCUCUCCCAAAGAGUUGGCUGACUAUCUCCUGCUCUUGGACAAAAAUGAGGAAAUGUACCUCAGGUACUUUGAGUGGCGACGGCACUUUAAGGUGAAAAAGGCAUACUUCUGGGCCGAACACACAUGCCUCGCUUGUGAUUAUCUCAGAAGGCACAAAGAGUACAAGGCAUUCAAUAACCUCGAUAAAUGGUAUUGGGGUGGAACGCCUUGAAGGCCCAAGAAAUUGUUGUUUUGCUGUUGGAAGCAUUGCUUGAAAAAUAUCUUCAGUCAUGGACAAUGCUUCAACAUGUUUUUCUCAGUGGUUACAGGGGCCCAAAUUAGCCAUUCCCUUUUUUUAUUUUGUUACCAGCCAGAUUUGCUCAGCCUUACUUUGCCUAUUGCAUUUUCAUUCAAUCAUGUAUUUAUUUUGUAGUCAUUUGCAAUGCAUUUAAUAUUUGUUUUAUAAAAUAACACUUUUAUAUUUCAUCUCUGAACGUGACCACAUUUGCUGCUAUGUGUUUUUUUAUGAUGUACUGUAACUUGGGAAUCAUGCUGACAUGCCACAUCUUUCAUCUGGCAGUAUACACAAUAUUGUGGUGUUGAAAUUGUAAGUUUUUGUAAUUGUAACUAGUGUUAUUUUUUUCUUUCUGUGGAAUGUUCAUGUUGAAUUUGUUGUCCUCAGGGCACUAUUGAAAAUGAGUCACUGGUCUCAAUGGGCUCCCAAGAGUAAAUGAAAGUUAAAUAAUACUAAAAAAAAAUAUUCAGUAAAUAAUUGAAGAAAUAGUUGUUUCAAUUAAAAUAUGUAUGUACUAUUUAUUGAAUUGAGACAUUGUAUGAUAAAAUACCAUCUAAAAUUCGUGAUACAGUCAUCUAUGCAGUGUUUACUGAACUUCAAAUGUAAAAGUAGUUCAGUUUUGUUAUCUACUGUAUAUUGUACAUGUGUGUGUUUUUGAGAAAUCACCCUCAAUUUAUUUUUGCAAGGUUGCAUUUGCAAAACAAAUGGAUAGUCAUCUUUGAUCAUGUAUGUACAGUAACACAUUGUAGAAAGAAGGAAAGAUAUCAAAAAAAUACUGACAAAGUGUGUCAGGGGAGAAUAGUGAACUUAUUAUGCCAAUAGUGGUUUCUUAGUGGGCAUUAUCACAUUAAAUGCAUUGCAGUUCUUUAAAAUGCCCCAAGCUCAGUUUUCCUACCAUUCUGUGUAAAUGCUAAUUUUGUCAAAAUAUUCUCCACUGAACAAUGCAUCUAAACAGCUCUCAGCAUGAUGGAUGAAUCGGUAACACUUUAUUUGAACUGUACAUAAUAAGAGUCAUAAUAUAACAAACAUUUCUGAAAUAGUUAUAACAAGUGUUAUGACAACAGUUAAUGUCACUUGCAAUUUUUAGUUGUUGACACCUAUCAAGACUGCAUAAAUGUGUCAUAACCAUGAGAAAUGUAGUGACAGUUUUUCCUAAAGGGUAACACUACCUUAAUGAAUUAAACUAUUCAUAAUCUCAUUAGUUUAAUAUUGUCAUAACAUUAUCCUACCUGCCACUAACCCUUCAUUACAUUUUUUUCUAUAAUCUAUGAUAUUGGCCUAUUACAUUUAGCGCCAUUUAUUAGCACUUUCAUCAAGUCUAAGCACUUCACAUUUCCAGUAAAAGCUCUCUGACCUCAUCCACCUGCAAUGUGUAACACCCACCUGGAUCAUGCACAGCAGCAGUGGAGAGAUAAGACGUGAAUGUGCCAACUGGAAUUAGGGUAUGAUUAGGUGCUAGGAUAUAACGCGGAUUAAUGAUCACUUUACUGUAACUGCAGAUACCUUACAUAAUUAUGUCAUAAUUCACCAAAAUAAACACAAGGAGUGUAAUUUAAUUUAAUUUUUUACACUUCUGUUUAUAACACAAUGCCAGGUUACCUACACUACAGCUAACCAUUUUAGCCUUGAUGUGUAAGUGACAAACUUAUGUUAAUAAUACCUGUCAGUAUGUCAUGUUUACGACAAUAUUAUGAUGCUGGUAUGUUGCAGCUACAGUUCAAAUACAGUGUAGGAACACUUUCUUUGAAGGUUGAAUACAUGAAGCAUUCUUAUCAGCAUAUAUAAACUAUUCAUAACGCACCCAUGAAAUCAGUAACAUCGAAGACCUUAAGAGUACAUUCAAUAAGCAUUGAGUAAUAUUAUUUGUCAUUAGUGACGUUAUUGAAUUGUUUAAAUGUGAAAAUAAAAGUCAUAUGAACCGGCAGAUUUUGGGCAGAACAAAAAAACAAUUCCCUUAUUUUUACCUUUAUUUAACUAGGCAAGUCAGUUAAGAAUAAAUUCUUAUUUUCAAUGACAGCCAAGGAACAGUGGGUUAACUGCCUUGUUCAGGGACAGAAUGACAGAUUUGUACCUUGUCAGCUCUGGGAUUUGAACUUGCAACCUUUCUGUUACUAGUCCAACACUCUAACCACUAGGCUACCCUGCCUCCCUUAUGUUACUUUAUUGGUUUUGAAAUACUGUUUAUUUUUGUACUAUUUCCAUUUUGUGUAUCACUAUGCAUGUUGUGUUAUCAUUGAUACUUUUAAUUUACUUUUAAAUUAAUUUCCAAAAUGUAUAGCCAGAUAGAUUCACACAAUCUAUAGAUUGUAUGAAGACUUGUCACAAUUUUAUUUAUUUUACCUUUAUUUAACUAGGCAAGUCAGUUAAGAACAAAUUCUUAUUUUCAAUUACGGCCUAGGAACAGUGGGUUAACUGCCUGUUCAGGGGCAGAACGACAGAUUUGUACCUUGUCAGCUCGGGGGUUUGAACUUGCAACCUUCCGGUUACUGACCAUCAAAGAUAUGAACCACAGAGUUAGACUGACCGGUCAACCGAAUGGGCAAUAUAACUUCUGUAGACUACAUUUACAUUUUAUUUUAUUUAACCUUUAUUUAAAUCAAACAUAACUGUUGCUUACAUGUUCUAAAAAUACAUCAGAUAUUUAUAGUAUUCUGGCUAUAUGGUUGGAAAACACACGUAACAUGCAAUCAAUGUUAAUUAAGGUAAUAAUAAUAAAUGUUUGAGAAGGUGAAUUUAAAAGUUAAGGACAUUUUAGUGUUCCGAACUACCUCCAUUCCUGACAUUUUCGUAUCUCUAAAAUUCCUACUGUAGAUGCUUUAUGAAUGAAUACACUAUGAAGGUCUUUAUAAAUGUUACUUACACCUUCAUGGAUGUGUUAUGAAUUUGUAUUAUUAUGUUGUUGUGAAUGCUUUAUGUAUCAGUAACGAACAUCCCUGUGCUUGCCUAGCUGUGCCACUUCCACCUGCUCCAGCACACCCCGAGACCAUAACCUUGGACCUUUGCCUCGCAAACACACGUGCUCACCCUCUUGAAACACAUUUAACUAGCUGCGCCACCAAAAAGGUACCAAUGCAAUGGUGCAGGUGGUGGUUUCAAGCUCGAUACAGUCCGUAUUGCGGAGGAGCCACGGUAUAGAGCGAUUGAAAUUUAAAGGUAAUUUUCCAAUUGAGCUAACAUAUGCAGCAGCAUCUGUCAUGAAUGCAGUCUCCGCAAACAUGGGAACAUUGCACUUAAAUUAUAAUCGCACUAUACCGGGGAUAUUCCGCUAUACAGAUUGAAUCAAAACCUUUGUUUAACCAAUUCAAUUAUAUAUGUAACCUUCAAAGAAAGUAACCUAAAUAGUUGCUGUUGAAUCUUAACGCAAAACGUAUGUAAGACUUUCAAAUUAUAUUGUAUGCAAGAUUAGUUUGUACCUGGUGAAAAUACUCAACUUUCAGGUUGUUUUCAAUUUGUUGUAUUUACUGUGAGUGGGACCAUUAGUGUAAAGAGGAUGAUUAUAAAUAUUUGUUAUAUAGACAAUAAAAAAAACAAUCAGUCUAUGUGUAUAAACUGAAAGGUUAUUUUAAUAAGGUGGGACAAGGACACAACAUAAAGCAUGUCGUCCGUGUGCAGCGGGCAGCCGCCAUAUAGCCUCUGACCACAGAACAUUGGCUGUCAUUUUCUUUCCAAACGAUUCUUCAUGUUGAAACGUCAACUUUCGUUGACACCCAGAAGAUCUACUGCACACAACCGACGUUCGUAAUGAUGUGUCCCAUCCUCAAAACUAGUCCACUGAAAUGUAGACGAGCGGAAUUCUGUAACUUUCUUUUUAAAAACACCCCACAGCUCUACCAUUAAUUAAAUAACGUAGAAAGAUUUUAGAAAGCAGUUCAACAGUCUUGAUUGAAUGGAAUUUUUUCUCCCACGGUUCCAGGCUGUGAUUGGUUGAUACUGCUGGGACAUAGCCUAGUUCCAAAUACUGAAUCAGACCAGCGCCAGCGGUGCAUUAUAGCCUGCCGCCAGUCAAGGGAGAGCUGCACAGACCAUAGCUAAGUCAAUCAGUCUACCUACCGUAGAUAAUAUUGUGGGCAGCUGUAAUAUCUAGGCUAACCUUGGUUGGACUGUAUUUAUACUCACACUAAGUUAGCUAGCUACUAAUGGACUAGCUAAGCUUUGAUAACAAAUUGCUAACACAAAUUUUCACCAGCUAUUAAUGCACAAAGUGAGUAGUGUCCUGUGAGUAGACCAACUCUGCUUUGACAACAACAGCUAGCUCGUUGAUUAAUUUGCUGAGGUAGGUAAUAAUACCUAUAUUGCUAGUCUAAAAAACAGCAGCACAUAGCCUAUUAGGGUCAGCAAACCAUAACAUUUUUACAGCCACAGCCAAAGAUUUUAGCUAAUAAAAAGCCUGCCUUCAGCUCAGCCACUGGCAUUGUCUUGCGUUGAUCUUCUGGCUAUGUCAACUAAUCCUAUUCUCAAAUUAUGAAAUAAAAUGCAUUCAAUCAAGACCGUCAAUUGGCAUUCCAAACACUUUUGAAUAAUGUGUAUAUAUUUUUAAUGUUUCAGUCUCUUUUUAACUUUCAAGUGUUGCCAGCUUUGAAUAAUGAUUUGUGCUUCAAAGCAGCUUUAUGAAUGAGGGGGAAAGAAAAGAGACACUUAUACCAGAGAGCCAGCGUUGAAGACAACAGUAAUACUGUUUUGGAAAGGCCGUUUUUCUUCAAGUUCUUCAAAUUAUACAAAAGAGAAUGCAGACAGUUUUUUUAUCCUGUUGACAUGACCUGAUUUCAACCCUCCUGUUGAAAUUUUGCAGAGAUAUAUAACUUUUAUUCACGCAUAAAUGUAUGACUCAUUGGCUGUCUCAAAUGGAGCUAUUGUGAGUUCAUGAACUGUCCCAGACUGUCCCAGAAUAUGACUAUGAAAAAUCCAGGUAUGGUUUCAUAUUGUACAGUUUCACUUCUUGUAUGAAACAGAGGUUUCUUGUUAAGUGUGAUCUGUUGCAACAGGUUUGUUCUCUUGUUGUCUGAACUUUCUUUGUUCUUUGCACAAACAUAUCAAUUCUCUUUUCUGUGAGUAAGUACAUUAGGAGAGUGGCUUAGGAUGUGUUUUUUAUUCGAGUUGGUGCAAAGUUGGUGUCCAUGGACAUUAUCUCAGCAUGAAGUGCAUUCUUCAUGUUUUGCUGAAUCUUAAUUGGGCAAUGACUUUUCUGCCAGUUUACUGAAAGAGAUGUUGAAUCUAUCAUUGUAAGGUUUUUGCCAAAUCAUUGUAUUUUGCCAAUGUGUAUAACUGUAGAUGUCUGGUAGUGUCAAGAAAAUAAAGACAUUUAUAAAA